UGAAGCGAAGGGGGCCAAGAGGAAAAGCGGCGCGUGUGUGCGUAGGAAACACCAUGAAGAUUAUUUCCCCGAUUCUAACUCAUCCAGUCUUCAGAGGCACCAUUCGGCUCCUGCUUUGCUUACUGUGGAUUGGAUAUUCCCAAGGAACCACGCAUGUGUUGAGAUUCGGGGGUAUUUUUGAAUGUGUGGAAUCUGGCCCAACGGGAGCAAUGGGAGCAGAAGAACUGGCCUUCAGAUUUGCUGUGAACACAAUCAAUAGAAACAGAACUCUGUUGCCAAACACUACAUUAACAUAUGAUACUCAGAAGAUAAAUCUCUAUGAUAGUUUUGAAGCAUCCAAAAAAGCUUGUGAUCAGCUUUCUCUUGGAGUAGCAGCUAUCUUUGGACCUUCACAUAGCUCUUCGGCUAAUGCAGUGCAAUCUAUCUGCAACGCUUUAGGGGUUCCACAUAUACAGACGCGCUGGAAACAUCAGGUUUCAGACAACAAAGACUCAUUCUAUGUCAGUCUUUAUCCAGAUUUCUCUUCACUCAGCCGCGCCAUCCUUGACCUUGUGCAGUUCUUCAAGUGGAAAACUGUCACGGUUGUUUAUGAUGACAGCACAGGUCUCAUUCGAUUGCAAGAGCUUAUUAAGGCUCCAUCACGGUACAACCUGCGACUAAAAAUCCGCCAGUUACCAGCUGACACAAAGGAUGCAAAACCCUUGCUCAAGGAGAUGAAAAGAGGCAAGGAAUUCCAUGUCAUCUUUGACUGCAGUCAUGAAAUGGCAGCAGGCAUUUUGAAACAGGGUUUAGCAAUGGGAAUGAUGACAGAAUACUAUCAUUACAUCUUUACCACAUUGGACCUCUUUGCUCUUGAUGUGGAGCCAUAUCGGUAUAGUGGGGUUAACAUGACUGGAUUCAGGAUUCUCAAUACAGAAAACACCCAAGUGGCAUCCAUCAUUGAAAAGUGGUCCAUGGAACGAUUACAAGCACCUCCAAAGCCUGAUUCAGGUUUGCUGGAUGGAUUCAUGACGACGGACGCAGCUUUGAUGUAUGAUGCCGUUCAUGUGGUGUCGGUGGCUGUCCAGCAGUUUCCACAGAUGACUGUCAGUUCGUUGCAGUGUAAUCGGCACAAACCAUGGCGCUUUGGGACCCGCUUCAUGAAUCUCAUUAAAGAGGCUCACUGGGAAGGCCUCACUGGCAGAAUAACCUUCAACAAAACCAAUGGCUUAAGGACAGAUUUUGACUUAGAUGUAAUUAGCUUGAAGGAGGAAGGUCUCGAAAAGAUUGGAACUUGGGAUCCUGCAAGUGGACUUAACAUGACAGAGAACCAGAAAGGAAAACCAGCAAAUAUUACUGAUUCCCUAUCUAAUCGCUCCCUAACUGUAACCACCAUCUUGGAAGAGCCAUAUGUGAUGUUCAAGAAGUCUGAUAAACCUUUGUAUGGGAAUGAUAGGUUUGAGGGAUAUUGCAUCGACCUCCUCAGGGAACUGUCAACUUUCCUUGGAUUUACCUAUGAGAUAAGGCUGGUGGAAGAUGGAAAAUACGGAGCCCGGGAUGAUUCCAGUGGACAAUGGAAUGGAAUGGUUCGUGAACUGAUUGAUCAUAAAGCUGACCUUGCCGUUGCACCACUGGCCAUUACGUAUGUUCGAGAGACGGUCAUCGACUUUUCCAAGCCCUUUAUGACUCUUGGAAUAAGUAUAUUGUACCGCAAGCCCAAUGGUACAAACCCGGGCGUCUUCUCCUUCCUGAAUCCUCUCUCCCCUGAUAUCUGGAUGUAUAUUCUGCUGGCUUACUUGGGUGUCAGUUGUGUGCUCUUUGUCAUAGCCAGGUAACAUGUGAAACCUCUUUGUGGUAUUUUGGCAAUUGUUACCUUUCUUCCCCUCAAGAAUAAUUGUCAAAAGUCACAAAUCCUUCCUUACUUUCUUGUUCUCAUUUUUUA